AUGGAGUCUCAGGACGGAAUCACCGUCCGGCCCAUGCGGUUAAAGGUCCUGUACACCUUUGACAACGAAAACAAAACGAAUUGUCUCGCUCGGUGGCCUCAUGUGCUAGAACUCCAGACUGCUUUCCUGGACGAGCAAACCCAGAUCGGCGUGAUCGAGUUGAAGACAUGCAUUCAGGCAAUCGUGUCUGCCAGCCCUGAAUUGGUGGCACAGCUGGGGAAAGACUAUACAGUAUACGCCUACGACUACUCAGAAUACGAAACUCCCUUGGUUGGUCAGGGAAUGCUAUCAUGGGUCCUCGCAUCUGCCUCGCCGACUCCAGACGCUCCUGCUCACCAGUCGAAGACGAUGGUGACUGGCCGUGUGUGCAAGAACCCGCUUGGUCUUUUUUCGAAGGGUGCCCAAGAGACAUUGGAGGUCAAACUGCGGCUGGUGCCUGUUCCCACGGUGAUGCAAAGCGAAUACCUCGAGAGCAUGCAAAAGUACCGCGAGUUGAGCAAUGUCAUCCCUCAUGACUUCGAUGCCCAGACCUGGACGAACUUUGUGCGGCAAAAUCCCGCCCUACUGGAAGCAUCUCGGAUCCAGCAACAAUGUCGUGUGUCUUCGCCAAUGGAUCAAUCUGGUAUUGAACGAGUCCACCAGCUUUUGAGUGAAAGUACCACACCGCGGGAAUACCCAAGCUACCCUACCAACGAAUCAGUUCGCUCGUCAUCACCUACCCACUCAUUUGGUCCUCCCAGUAGGAUGUCUACCCCUGGGGGUACCCGCACUCCCACCCAACACCAUCAACAAUCUCAGCCGAAGCAAAGCUUUGCUCAUAGUGAUAACAUUCGCCCGUCAUCGAGUGCUUCUAUGCAUGACAGCGACUUCCAGCUUCAGCACUUUAAUGCUCUCCACCGGAGGGGCUCGAUGAACUCGGGUUAUGGCAGUGGUGGUGAGGAUUCAGCAGAACCCCAGCCGCGGAAGAGGGCCAAACUCUACCAAGCAGGCUGGCCGGGCAAGUCCGAUAUGAACAUUGAGCGACAACCUAGCUCUCUGCGGGUAGCGGCUAGCACUGCAGCUUCUGUUCGCAUCCACCGCCCAACUCCAGUAAAUCCUGCCAUCGCUGCAGAGCAAUCACAAGAGGAGCCCGUUCGCCCUCCUACCCCGAUCUCGCUGCCUGGAAAUCUACAACGCCGAGGACGACCGCCAUCUAGUAUGUUGCGAGAGAGUUCAACGCACAGUCUUGCCACAUACACAUCCCCUUACCACCUUAGCGACGACGUGGGCACAGAUCAGACCGCCCAUUCACCGGAGGAGAGGUACCAGGGCCUCUUCGAGCCUCCUUUCAGCAUGCCUUCUUCGCCCCCCGUGUUGGAAUCCCGGUUCCCAGCCAGAUCCAGCCCUAACUUGCCUCCUAUCUCCCUAGACACUGACUCCGGUUUCAUGAGUGGCAGUCUUGAAGAUCUUAUGGAUGAUGGAGCAGGUACUCCUGUGGAAGAUGCUCGGACCACCGAUUCUCGUGCAGUGACUGGCGAGAAGCGCUCCCGCUCUGUACGAUCUGCAGUGCACGCCACUUCACCUGCGAGCGCCAUGGGUCUUAUGUCAGAGGGUCUCAACGACUCGAUGUUGGUGAGUGAUGGCCCGACGGAGCAGCAGUCCAACCAAGCGCCCCCAAUUCCUCGUCCGAACACCUCAGCCGGGUCUAGACCAUCCUCGCGCACCAGUUGCCGACCAACACCCAAACCGCUGGCACCCGCUCCCAUGUCACAAAGUGAACUCGAGCAACUGAUGAGGGCGGUCCCCCUAAGUGACCCUGUUGGUCCUGCCCCGGCAUCUCUUCAGUACUCUCAGACGUGGGCUGGUCCCAUGAGCGAUUUUUCCAUUAUCGACACGCCUGCACCGCAACCUGAAUUUACACGCAGAGCUCCUCGCAGCGGAGGUGCGGCGAAAAGGUCGAUGCAGGUUCAGGCUCGACUAGACUCGGCAAUUGCCAACGGGAUGGUUCCACCCUACUGUGAAAACUGCGGGACUAUUGACACGCCCACUUGGAGACGGGCGUGGUCAAAGGAAGUCGCUGGCAGUGAGGAAGGUGCAAAGGAAAUGAUGAAGCCGCACAGUAUGCUUUUCUGGGAAGCGCUGGAGCGAGAUGACAAAGACGAAGUUGUGAAGUUCAAGAUCUACAAGAAGGGUCUUGGGACAACCGCCGAGGACCAGGGAUGGACUCAGGUCCUGCUCUGCAACCCUUGCGGUCUCUGGCUUCACAAGUGCAAGUCUAUGCGUCCAGAGAACAGGUGGAAUAAACAGCCGCCUGCUUAUCGAACCGACUCUAAGCAGAAGCGCUCCUCUAGAAACCGCAAACAGAGCGGCGGUCCGCUGUCCAAACCUUCCACGCGCACCCGCAGCAAGGCUGUAUCGAGUCGGACAGCAGUGUCUUCUCCGGCUCCCACCGAAGCCUCGUCCGUCCAGAACGAGGAGGGCACUACUCCUAACCCGGAGGGUGACCGCCACGGUCAAGUACAGGACCCGGAUGAUGAAGUCGAGGAGUACCCUAACAAGCGUCGUCGGGCAAAUAGUGCCGAGCCUCCAAGAUCCAGUGAGAAGCCUUGCUGGGAACAGCAGGAUGCCAUCGAAGCCUUGCGGCUUGCCAUUCAGUCUAGUCCGGCCAGGAACAUUGGAAACCGCAAUCUUUCCGGCCAGGAUGCGACCAAACUUACUCCCAAGCCUGUGCGCCGAGCUUUGUUCCCGUCUAAUCAGAAAGAAUCCCCAUUGAAGGAGCUAUGUCCCUCGUUCGUGAACAGUUGCUCUCCCCGUCGCAGCCCGCGUCUCACUAAGGGAGAAAGGCCGGCCCAAGAGAAGGAAAACAACGCGCCCACCCCCCAGGAUGACCUCGACGGCCUCUUUGAGGGAUCUUCUAUGGACUUCGAUCUACCGGUCAGCCCGACUCCUCGGCGCCGGCAUACUCGUCCUAAUGCCGUGCACGAGAGACGUCGCUCGUUACCCUGCAAUUCUCCAACCGCCAACAAACGGAAGGAUGUCGGACUCGCGGCGACGGCAGCUCGCCUCACGGCUGAGCGACUGCAGCGCAUCCAGGACGGCCCGGAACAUUCUCCACGGCCGUCUGCUAUACAGAACCGCUCUCCCAAUAAACACUUUGCCCCCGCCCUGUCCGAUGCGGCUCUGCACUCCGAGGCUUUCGGGUCCCUAGAUGGCAUGAUUCUUGACAUCUUCGAGGAGGCCUCUGACCAGGCCAGCUCCUUCCAUCUCGACCACGCCAAACUCUCUGGGAACAACUGGGCGGACUGGCUUCCCUCUGACUAUGUCUCUCCUUCCGCGUCCGACGAAGACAACAACCCUUCCGAUGACCUGAUCAAUGCAAUCCUCUCGGAUCCAGCCAUCCUGAAAGAAAACCUCCUGGACUCAAAGUUCAAUCCCUUCACCUUCGGUGACAACGAUGUUCCUGACUCGGGUUUCUUCAGCUCCGAUGCUCUCCAAACAGACCCUGCGGUCGCCUCUACGCAAGCCGCUAAGCCUCCUAAGGAGCGUGGCCAGGCACCCUCCCCUACCGCAUAA